AGCACACGUACGUGAUUUGUGCUCUCAUGAUACCGGGUAUUUUCCAUUCAAUUCGUCCAUUUUUGUCGAUUGUUUAAGGCAUAUUGCCACUGUCUGCUCAUCUGAAUCCAAUGCCGGAUAAACAGCAGUCGAAAAGGAGACGGAGACGUACCACGGAGAAGUCUUUGGGUCAAGAAUCAGAAGUGGACAACAUGGAGUCGACCCAGGUGUCUAUGAGUGCUAUCUCAGCCCAGCUAAGGGAAUUCGCGGCAAAGACGUCAGCAAGCUUCGAGAAGUUAAACGUCGCAAUCUGUACCCUAAGUGACGACAUGAAGUCGCUACGUGAGGAGGUGGUUUCUGUAAAACAGAGCGUUUCCUUCGCUCAUGAAGAGAUCGGCGAGUUAAAAAAGGAAACUACUUCUAGUAUCGCGAAGCUGGAAAAGCGUGUUAACGAACUAGAGGGCAAGCUUUUGCUGUCGGAGCUUUAUUCCAAGAAGCAGAACCUUCUUUUCUGGGGAAUUACUGUGGAAAAGGAGGAGAACGUCAUCGAGAAGGUCUAUAAAUUCAUGGAGGAAAAGUUGGGGAUGCAGAAUGUCAGAGGCAUUCACUUGGUAAACGUCCACCGGCUUCCAAAAAUGCGCGGUAACCCGAUUAUCUGCAAGUUUGUCUCGAUGUUGGAUCGAGACAAGGUUCUGAAGCACGCCUAUGGUUUGCCACCUAAGUCUGGCGUUGGUGUCAGUGUCCAUCUGCCCGUCCCCAUUCAAAAGGCGAAGGAGCAGUUCCGUGACGCGUUUCGUGACGCAAAGACGAAGGAUUUGAAGCCUAAGUUUAAGAUCGACGGCGUCACAGUGUACCUCUGUAUUGCUGGUGGAGCCAUGUUCAAAACGCCUGAGGAGUACUUCAACCUUCCAUCUUAGGUGACUGUAUGCCUGAACUUGAUUUCUGUAGUGAACUUUUGUUACAUUUUCCUUCAUUAAAACCCGGUAUUAUAAUGGUUCUGAUCCGCCAGUCUUUUGACCAUUGUUAUUAUGUUAUUAUGGUCAAAUGAUGUGAUUACCUUCUUAGU